GAUGAUGCACACACUCAAGUAUGAAGUUCAGUCAUAAACAAAGAGAUGAGAUAUUUGAGCUUCAUUGAAGUAGAUUCUUGAGUUUUUAAUCUCAAGAAACCCUAAAUUCCCAUUCAUGGAACGUUAUCAUCUUCUUUGCACCUUAUCAUCACCUUCUAAGUUUAUAAUAGGAGGUCUCUGUGCUUUUUUAUUCUGUUACGUACUUGCUUCUAGAAAUAACUACAAGAAACCAAAAACAAACAAUAAUGCUCCUGAAGUGGCUGGUGCAUGGCCGAUUAUCGGUCAUCUUCAUCAUCUCGUGGGUGGAAAGCUAAUCCAUGAAACUUUAGGAGCUAUGGCUGAUAAAUACGGACCAGCAUUCACCAUCAGAAUGGGGCCGCACAAAGCACUUGUUGUGAGCAGUUGGGAAGUAGCGAAAGAAUGUUUCACUACAAACGAUAUGGUCUUUAACUCUCGUCCGCAGCAAGUAGCGAUUAAACACAUGGGAUAUGGUGCUGCAAUGUUUGGGAUAGCUCCUUAUGGACCUUACUAUCUUGAAAUGAGAAAAAUGGUAACGAAAGAACUUCUUUCUAACACACGGUUAGAGCUGUUGAAGCAUGUAUGGGGCUGUGAAAUUAACGCUUCCAUUAAAGAACUUUACAAGAAAGUAGAAGGUGGCAGCAGCACCGGUCCUGUUUUGGUGGAAAUGAAGCGAUGGUUUGGAUAUUUAACUCUGAAAACGACCGUCAAGGUGAUUUGUGGGAACCAAGCCCUUGGUGAUCAUACUUCUUGUGAUUCUGAUGUUGUUGAAGGACAUGAUGAAGUAUCGAGAUUCCAAAAAGCUUUAAGGGACUUUUUCAAGUUGUUGGGCCACUUUCGGGUGUCGGACGUGAUACCACUCCCAGAGUGGUUGGAUUUUGAGGGGUAUGAGGAGAUGAAGAAAAAUGGGAAAGAGCUGGAUAGAUUAAUGGAGAAAUGGUUGGAUGAACAUAAAAUGAAGAAGAAGCUUUCACAAAUAUCAGGUGAAGCAGAGAAGAAGGGCCAGAGCGAUGAACGUGAUUUCAUGGACGUGAUGAUGUCCAAACUUGAAGAUGAUGCAAAUCUAUUAUCUUAUCAUGACGCGGACACUAUCAACAAAUCUACGUGCCUGACACUGAUCCUGGGAGGAAGCGACACAACAUCGGUCAGUUUAACAUGGGCCUUGUGCUUACUAGUAAACCAUCCAGAUGCGCUAAAGAAGGCUCAUGAUGAGCUGGAUGUCCACGUAGGCAGCCAAAGACAAGUGGAAGAAUUAGAUAUCAAGAGCCUCACAUACCUUCAAGCCAUCAUCAAGGAAACACUGCGACUAUACCCACCUGGAGUAAUGACAGCUCCACGUAUAUCUAAGGCAGACUGCAGAGUUGGUGGCUACGACAUCCCAGCAGGAACGCGGCUUUUUGUAAAUAUCUGGAAGAUCCAUCGCGACCCGAGAGUCUGGUCUGAUCCAUCAGAGUUCCAGCCAGAGAGAUUUUAUAGUGGCGGCCGCCAUGAGGACAUGGAACUUCGGGGUCAGAAUUUCGAAUUGAUUCCGUUUGGGUCUGGUAGAAGAUCAUGCCCAGGGACCUCAUUUGCGCUUCAACUGUUGCACCUGGCACUUGCUCGCUUAUUGCAUGGGUUUGACUUUAAGAGACCGUCAGACGAACCCAUUGAUAUGUCCCAGUGUCAAGGAUUGACAAAUGCAAAAGCAACCCUAGCUGAAGUUUUAGUCACCCCUCGCCUUCCUUCUAAACUUUAUACUUGUUAAUUAAGAGUGCGCUGUAGACUUGUAGCAAUAUAAGAACUUUGUAUCCGAAAAACAUUAGUGUUUGUAUUUGGCAAAAUAAGAAUCAUUACUAUCUAUCAUGAUUCGUGCUACUUCAUAUAAGUUGGAAAAUUUUAGUCUCUCUAA